GGAGUUUCAACGCCGCCUCGGAGGACCGGAGCAGGGAGGGAGCAAAGAAGUCAGAAUUUGACAUUUACCAGCCAUUCGGAACCUAAUUUUCAGCUGGGGGAAAGGGAUUGUAAUCUCCGAAAACUGUUCUCCGAAAACGGCUAGGAACUGUAGGUAGAGGACGGACGAGUGAAACGAGGAGACCCCAGACUGCCAUUUUCAAACGGGAGGACCUCUCCCAUAACCACAAGUUUCUAUCAGGUGAAGUAGCGGCAAAGACACAGCGGCAGCCAUGGUGGCCUUGUCACUGAAGAUCAGCGUGGGGAACGUGGUGAAGACCAUGCAGUUCGAGCCCUCCACCAUGGUGUACGACGCCUGUCGCAUCAUACGGGAGAGAGUCCCCGAAGCACAGCUCGGCCAGCCCAACGACUACGGCCUGUUUCUGUCUGACGAGGAUCCCAAGAAGGGCAUCUGGCUGGAGGCGGGGAAAGCCCUGGACUACUACAUGCUGAGGAAUGGGGACACCCUGGAGUACAAGAAGAAACAGAGACCCCUGAAGAUUCGCAUGCUGGAUGGGACCGUGAAAACGGUCAUGGUGGACGACUCUAAAAUCGUCAGCGACAUGCUCAUGACCAUCUGUGCUAGGAUAGGUAUCACAAACUACGACGAGUACUCGCUGGUGCGUGACAUCCUGGAGGAGAAGAAGGAGGAGACCACGGGGACGCUGAAGAGGGACAAGACGCUCCUGAGGGACGACAAGAAGAUGGAGAAGCUCAAGCAGAAGCUCCACACAGACGAUGAGUUGAACUGGCUGGACCACGGGCGUACGCUGCGUGAGCAGGGCAUUGAGGAGACGGAGAUGCUGCUCCUCAGGAGAAAGUUCUUCUACUCUGACCAGAACGUGGACUCCAGAGACCCUGUGCAGCUCAAUCUGCUCUAUGUGCAGGCCCGAGAUGACAUCCUGAACGGCUCGCAUCCUGUCUCCUUCGACAAGGCCUGCGAGUUCGCCGGCUUCCAGUGCCAGAUCCAGUUUGGAGACCACAACGAGACCAAGCACAAGCCAGGAUUCCUGGAUAUGAAGGAGUUCCUUCCAAAAGAAUACAUCAAGAACAAAGGCGAGAGGAAGGUCUUCCAGGCUCACAAGAACUACCAAAACAUGACUGAGAUUGAGGCCAAAGUCAGCUAUGUCAAACUGGCCCGCUCUCUCAAAACCUACGGAGUGUCUUUCUUCCUGGUCAAGGAGAAGAUGAAGGGGAAGAACAAGCUGGUCCCACGUCUGCUGGGCAUCACCAAGGAGAGCACCAUGCGCGUGGACGAGAAGACCAAGGAGGUGAUGCAGGAGUGGAGCCUGACCAACAUCAAGCGCUGGGCCGCCUCCCCCAAGAGCUUCACGCUGGACUUUGGAGACUACCAAGAUGGAUACUACUCUGUGCAGACCACAGAAGGAGAACAGAUCGCCCAGCUGAUUGCUGGAUACAUUGACAUCAUUCUGAAGAAGAAAAAGAGCAAAGACCACUUUGGAUUAGAGGGCGAUGAAGAAUCCACCAUGCUCGAGGACUCUGUGUCACCCAAAAAGUCCACGGUGCUCCAGCAGCAGUUCAAUAAGAUGGGGAAGGUGGAGACGGGCUCCGUGGCCCUGCCGGCCAUCAUGCGCUCGGGGGCCGGGGGGCCGGAGAGCUUCCAGAUGGGCUCCAUGCCCCAGGCCAAGCAGCACAUCACCAGCGGCCAGAUGCACCGCGGACACAUGCCCCCGCUGACGGCAGCUCAGCAGGCCCUGACCGGCACCAUCAACUCCAGCAUGCAAGCGGUGCAGGCUGCCCAGGCCUCUCUGGACGAGGUGUCGGAGCUGCCUCCCCUGGGAAGCGACGCGGCCUCGCAAGCAUGGCGUAAGAACAAAAUGGACGAGUCCAAGCAUGAGAUCCACUCCCAGGUGGAUGCCAUCACUGCUGGAACCGCCUCAAUGGUCAACCUUACCGCAGGUGAUCCCGCCGAGACGGACUACACGGCAGUGGGCUGCGCGGUGACCACCAUCUCCUCCAACCUCACGGAGAUGUCCAAGGGCGUCAAGCUGCUGGCCGCUCUCAUGGAGGACGAAGGCGCCAACGGGCAGCAGCUGCUCGGCGCCGCCAAGAACCUGGCCUGCGCCGUGUCCGACAUGCUCAAGACGGCCCAGCCUGCCAGCACCGAGCCUCGGCAGAACCUCCUGCAGGCGGCCGGCAACGUUGGCCAGGCCAGCGGAGAGCUGCUGCAGCACAUCGGCGAGAGUGACGCGGACCCACGAUUCCAGUCUCUAGGUAACGGAGCUUUCAGGGGUUUCAGGAGGAAGACCCUCAAUAGUGGUCAAAUGCUGGACAUGCUGAUGCAGCUGGCCAAGGCUGUGGCUAACGCGGCCGCCGCCCUGGUGCUGAAGGCCAAGAACGUGGCGCAGAAGACCGAGGACUCCGCCCAGCAGAACCGAGUCAUCGCCGCUGCCACCCAGUGUGCCCUGUCCACCUCACAGCUGGUGGCCUGCACCCGGGUGGUUGCCCCCACCAUCAGCUCGCCGGUGUGCCAGGAGCAGCUGAUCGAGGCGGGCAAGCUGGUGGCCAAGUCAGUGGAGGGCUGCGUGGAGGCGUCCCAGGGCGCCACGCAGGACGAGCAGCUGCUCCGGCAGGUGGGCGCGGCGGCCACGGGCGUCACGCAGGCGCUCAACGAGCUGCUGCAGCACAUCAAGCAGUACGCCAGCGGCGGGCAGCCCAUCGGACGCCACGGCGAGGCCACCGACCGCAUCCUGGACGUCACCGAGAACAUCUUCAGCUCCAUGGGAGAUGCAGGAGAGAUGGUGCGUCAGGCCCGAAUCCUGGCCCAGGCGACCUCCGACCUGGUCAAUGCCAUCAAAGCGGACGCAGAGGGCGAGAGCGACCUGGAGAACUCCCGCAAGCUGCUGUCAGCUGCCAAGCUCCUGGCCGAUGCCACUGCCAAGAUGGUGGAGGCUGCCAAGGGAGCUGCAGCCAACCCUGACAGCGAGGAGCAGCAGCAGAAGCUGCGUGAGGCUGCGGAGGGUCUUCGCAUGGCCACCAACGCUGCCGCCCAGAACGCCAUCAAGAAGCGACUCAUCAACAAGCUGGAGAACGCAACAAAACAGGCUGCCGCCGCCGCCACUCAAACCAUUGCCGCUGCCCAACAUGCCGCCUCGUCCAAUAAGAACCCUGCUGCCCAGCAGCAGCUUGUGCAGAGUUGCAAGGGGGUAGCUGAGCAGAUCCCCAUGCUGGUCCAGGGAGUGAGGGGCAGCCAGUCUCAACCCGACAGCCCCAGUGCCCAGCUUGCCCUCAUCGCAGCCAGCCAGAACUUCCUCCAGCCUGGUGCCAAGAUGGUGACUGCUGCCAAGGCCACUGUGCCCACCAUUGGCGACCAGGCCUCGGGCAUGCAGCUCAGCCAGUGUGCCAAGAACCUGGCCAGUGCCCUCGCCGAGCUUCGUACCGCCGCUCAGAAGGCUCAGGAAGCGUGCGGGCCGCUGGAGAUUGAUAACGCGCUGGCCGUGGUGCGCGGCCUGGAGAAGGACAUGCAGGAGGCCAAGGCCUCAGCAGCCGAGGGCAAACUCAGACCCCUGCCCGGAGAGACUCUGGAGAAGUGCUCACAGGACCUGGGCAACAGCACCAAGGCCGUGAGCUCGGCCAUCGCCCAGCUGCUCAGCGAGGCCACCCAGGGCAACGAGAACUACGCUGGCCAAGCUGCCAGAGAUGUUGCCCAGGCUCUGCGCGCCCUGGCCAUGGCCGCCCGUGGCGUGGCAGCCAACACGGAUGACCCACAGGCCCGUAACGCCAUGCUGGACUGUGCCAGCGACACCAUGGACAAGUCGGCCAACCUCAUCGAGGAGACCAAGAGAGCCAUCGCCAAACCUGGAGACCCCGACAGCCAGCAGAGACUGGCCCAGGUGGCAAAGGCCGUGUCCCAGGCCCUCAACAGGAGCGUGAACUGUCUGCCUGGGCAGAGAGAUGUGGACAACGCCAUCAGGACUGUUGGAGAGGCCAGCAAGAGACUCCUGGCUGAUUCAUUCCCACCGAGCAACAAGAGCUUCCAGGAGGCGCAGGCCAACCUGAACCAGGCGGCCGCUGGGCUCAACCAGUCGGCCAACGAGCUGGUGCAGGCCUCACGUGGCACCACCCAGGACCUGGCCCAGGCCUCGGGCAGGUUCGGCAACAACUUCCACGACUUCCUGGACGCUGGAGUGGACAUGGCAGGACAGUCCCAGUCUAAGGAGGAUCAGACACAGGUGGUCACCAACCUGAAGACCAUCUCCAUGUCCUCCAGCAAGCUGCUGCUGUCCGCCAAAGCGCUGGCCACUGACCCCAACUCCCCCAACCUUAAGAACCAACUGGCCGCUGCCGCUCGAGCCGUCACAGACAGCAUCAACCAGCUCAUCACCAUGUGCACCCAGCAGGCCCCGGGCCAGAAGGAGUGUGACAACGCGCUGAGGGAGCUCGAGACGGUGAGGGGUAUGUUGGAGAACCCAACUGAAGCUGUUAACGACAUGGGCUACUUCGACUGUAUCGAUAGUGUCAUGGAGAACUCCAAGGUUCUGGGCGAAGCCAUGGCUGGAAUCUCCCACAACGCCAAGAACAGCAACCUGCCCGAGUUCGGAGACUCCGUCAGCUCAGGCUCCAAGGCCCUGUGUGGGCUGACCGAGGCUGCCGCCCAGGGUGCCUACCUGGUGGGCGUCUCUGACCCCAACAGCCACGCUGGACAGAAGGGCCUGGUGGACCCGGCCCAGUUCGCUCGGGCCAGGCAGUCUAUCCAGAUGGCCUGCCAGAACCUAGUGGACCCCGCCUGCACGCAGUCCCAGGUCCUCUCCGCCGCCACCAUUGUUGCCAAACACACGUCUGCGCUCUGCAACGCCUGCCGCCUCGCCUCCUCCAAAACAUCCAACCCUGUUGCUAAGCGACAGUUCGUCCAGUCAGCCAAGGAGGUUGCGAACAGCACCGCCAACCUCGUCAAGUCCAUCAAAGCCCUGGAUGGAGCCUUUAAUGAGGAGAACCGCGAGAAGUGCAAAGACGCCACCGGCCCGCUGAUCGAGGCCGUGGACAACCUGACUGCCUUCGCCUCCAACCCGGAGUUCGCCAGCAUGCCCGCUCAGAUCAGCCCAGAGGGUAUGGCUGCCAUGGAGCCCAUCGUUGCCGCGGCAAAGGCCAUGCUCGAGAGUUCCACCGGCCUGAUCCAGACGGCCCGCUCCCUGGCCGUCAACCCCAAGGACCCGCCCAAGUGGUCAGUGCUCGCGGGCCACUCCAGAACUGUCUCCGACUCCAUCAAGAAGCUCAUCACCAACAUGAGAGAUAAGGCUCCUGGCCAGAGAGAGUGUGACGAGGCCAUCGAGGUGCUCAACAACUGCAUCCGUGACGUGGACCAGGCCUCUCUGGCUGCUAUCAGCCAGCAGCUCACACCACGGGAGGACAUCUCCCACGAGGCUCUUCAUGGGCAGAUGGCCGCCUCGGUGCAGGAGAUCAGCAACCUGAUCGAGCCGGUGGCCAUCGCCGCCCGCUCGGACGCCUCUCAGCUCGGACACAAGGUGUCUCAGAUGGUCAGCUACUUUGAGCCUCUCAUCAUGGCCUCCAUCGGCACCGCCUCCAAGAUCAUCAACAGCCAGCAGCAGAUGAACGUGCUGGACCAGACCAAGACCCUGACCGAGUCGGCCCUCCAGAUGCUCUACACGGCCAAAGAGGCCGGAGGCAACCCUAAGGCGGCUCACACUCAGGAGGCCCUGGAGGAGUCGGUGCAGAUGAUGAAGGAGGCGGUGGACGACCUGGCCGCUACGCUGAACGAGGCGGCCAGCGCGGCCGGAGCCGUGGGCGGCAUGGUGGACUCCAUCACCGGGGCCAUCAACACCAUGGAGGACGGCCGGAGCGUGGAGCCCGAGGGCACCUUCGUGGACUACCAGACCACCAUGGUCAAGACGGCCAAGGCCAUCGCAGUCACUGUGCAGGAGAUGGUCACCAAAUCCAACACCAACCCUGAUGAGCUUGGCGGCUUGGCCAAUCAGCUGACCAAUGAGUUCGGUCAACUGGCCUCUGAAGCCAAGGGUGCUGCCGUCACUGCAGAGAAUGAUGAGAUCGGCUCCCACAUUAAGAAGCAGGUUGGGGAGCUGGGCUACAGCUGCACAGGGCUGGUCACCAAGGCCGGAGCACUCCAGUGCAGCCCCAACGACAGCUUCACCAAGAAGGAGCUCAUCGACAGCGCCCGCAAGGUCUCCGAGAAGGUGUCCCACGUGCUGGCUGCCCUCCAGGCGGGUAACCGUGGCACCCAGGCCUGCAUCACAGCUGGCAGCGCAGUGGCGGGCAUCAUCGCCGACUUGGACACCACCAUCAUGUUUGCCACAGCUGGCACGCUCAACCGCGAGAACUCCGAGACCUUCGCUGAUCACAGGGAACACAUCCUGAAGACGGCCAAGGCGCUGGUGGAGGACACCAAGCUGCUGGUGUCGGGGGCGGGCGCCAGCCAGGAGAAGCUGGCCCAGGCCGCCCAGUCCUCCGUCGGCACCAUCACCAAGCUGGCCGACGUGGUCAAGUUGGGCGCUGCCAGCCUCGGCGCAGAAGACCCAGAGACACAGGUGGUCCUCAUCAACGCAGUCAAAGAUGUGGCCAAAGCUCUGGGCGACCUCAUCAGUGCCACCAAGGCGGCGGCCGGCAAGCCGCACGAUGACCCGGCCAUGCUGCAGCUCAAGAACUCGGCCAAGGUGAUGGUGACCAACGUGACUUCGCUGCUGAAGACGGUGAAGGCGGUGGAGGACGAGGCCACCAAGGGGACCCGGGCGCUGGAGGCCACCAUCGAGCACAUCAAGCAGGAGCUGGCCGUGUUCAAGAGCCACGACCCUCCUCCAAAGACCACCACUCCAGAGGAGUUCAUCCGCAUGACCAAAGGCAUCACGCUGGCCACCGCCAAAGCAGUGGCUGCUGGGAACUCCUGUCGCCAGGAGGACAUCAUCGCCACGGCUAACCUGAGCAGGCGGGCCAUGGCAGACAUGCUCAACUCCUGCAAGCAAGCGGCCUACCACACCGAGGUCAGUAAGGAGGUGCAGGCGCGGGCCCUGCGCUUCGGAUCGGAGUGUGCCACCGGAUACCUGGGCCUGCUGGAGCACGUCCUGGUGAUCAUCCAGAAGCCCACCCAUGACCUGAAGCAGCAGCUGGCCGUCUACUCCAAGCGUGUGGCCGGUUCUGUGACUGAGCUCAUCCAGGCUGCCGAGGCCAUGAAAGGCACGGAAUGGGUGGACCCCGAGGACCCCACAGUCAUCGCCGAGAACGAGCUGCUGGGCGCAGCGGCGGCCAUCGAGGCAGCCGCCAAGAAACUGGAGCAGCUGAGGCCGCGGACCAAACCCAAGGAGGCUGAUGAGAGCCUGAACUUCGAGGAGCAGAUCCUGGAGGCGGCCAAGUCCAUCGCCGCUGCGACCAGCGCACUGGUCAAGGCAGCUUCGGCCGCCCAGAGAGAACUGGUGGCUCAGGGCAAGGUUGGGGCCAUCCAGGCCAAUGCCGUGGACGAUGGACAGUGGUCCCAGGGUCUCAUUUCUGCUGCGCGCAUGGUUGCUGCUGCGACGAACAACCUGUGCGAGGCGGCUAACUCGGCGGUGCAGGGUCACGCCAGCGAGGAGAAGCUCAUCUCCUCGGCCAAGCAGGUGGCCGCCUCCACCGCCCAGCUCCUGGUGGCCUGCAAGGUCAAGGCUGACCAGGACUCCCAGACCAUGAAGAGGCUGCAGGCUGCUGGUAACGCUGUCAAGAGGGCCUCAGACAACCUGGUGAAGGCCGCCCAGAAGGCCGCCUUCGAUGCCCAGGAUGACCAGGCAGUCAUGGUGAAGAGCAAGAUGGUGGGCGGUAUCGCUCAGAUUAUUGCGGCUCAGGAGGAGAUGUUGAGGAAGGAGCGUGAGCUGGACGAGGCCAGGAAGAAGCUGGCCAUGAUCCGCCAGCAGCAGUACAAGUUCCUGCCUUCAGAGCUCAGGGAGGAGGACCAAUGAGAACCGCCACUGCUUGUUUGCUAACACACACACUCACACACACACAUACAUACAAACACACACACACAUACACAGACAGACACAUAAAACACACACACAGAUGCCAUGCAAGCAAAGACAAAUCAGCGGCUUGGGCUUUGGACCCGCGCCACGGUUUUAUUAUAUAUUUUUGUUCAAGAGUGUAACUAUGACGAUGAGGUAUUACUUUUUUUGACAUGCACCAUUCUGGGCAAAGCAAUUCUAAGAGAUGAAAUAGGGGUAAAAAGUGAACAAAUGUAUCAGGAUGUUUAUUUUAAACUUUGGGUUAUUUUUUUUGUUUGUUUUCACCGUUCUUUUUUUUCUAUUUGUCACUUUUACAAGCAUUGCCGUGCCAUGACUUAACUGUUUAUUGUUUUGUUUGUGUCUUUUGGAUAAUGUAUGCACAACUUAUGCAAAUCUCUAAAGUAACUGCGCUUUUAAUAGCUCCAUGUGAUUUAACUUAGCAUUAGAUCCUAUAGAGUAGAUUGUCUGGACCUAGCAUGCACGGGUCUUAACUGAGGCUACACAUUUAAUUUACACAAUCAAUUCACUUAUGAUGGGCUAAGUAAAAUGGCCUCAGUUAACACGGCUAAGAACAAUAUUAUAUCAGCGAGCACAAUGAUGUUUUUAACUUUGUCUUUUUUUUUUCUUUUUUUUUCUACUCAUCAACUUCUGGGGGGUGGAAAUUCUAAAGAAAAAAAAGAAGAAGAAACAGUAUUUGUUCCAUAGAUAUGUCUAACAUUUAGUCAGGUUCCAAAGAAGAUUGUUGUGAAUGUGUGAUCGAUUGGCCUCCAUAGCCUUUCCUCUUGUGGUGGUUUAACCCAGGGACAGUCAACCGCAUCGUGUGGCAAUUUGGACCAGCAGUGCAAUGAGUACCUUUUUUUUUUGCGAUGAAACAAUUCAAAGAAAGAAAACAUAUCAUUUUUUAAGAAAAGAAAAAAUAAUAAAGCUAUGAAUUGUGUUACAAAUAAUAUCUUCUAUUAAAUGUCUAUGUUAAUAAAAAAAAAGAGCGUU